UACCACCGUCAACGACAUAGAUCCAAUCCUACUACCUUAGGUACCUUAGGUAUAUAGCAGCCUAAUUCGAUUAUACAAACCCACAACCACAAAUAUGGCAACCUCGGAACAACCUAAGAAGCGUAGCUACGUCUUCUUCGACAUCACCAUUGGUACCAAACCCGCUGGUCGUAUCACCUUCGAGCUAUAUGACGAUGUUGUACCCAAAACCGCCGAGAACUUCCGCGCGCUAUGCACAGGUGAGAAGGGGCUCGGAAAGUCAGGCAAACCCCUUCACUACAAGGGUAGCAUGUUCCACCGUGUCAUCAAGCAAUUCAUGAUCCAGGGUGGUGACUUUACUGCUGGCGACGGAACCGGCGGCGAGAGCAUCUACGGCGAAAAGUUUGAGGACGAGAACUUUGAGCUCAAGCACGAGCGUCCCUUCCUGCUUAGCAUGGCUAACGCUGGACCUGGCACCAACGGCUCUCAAUUCUUUAUUACAACCGUCCCCACGCCGCACCUUGACGGGAAGCACGUUGUCUUUGGUGAAGUUAAGUCAGGAAAGUCUAUAGUAAGGCAGAUCGAGAACCUGCGUACCAACAAUGACAAGCCUGUGAAGGAUGUCAUCAUCACGGACUGUGGCGAGCUCUCCGGCGCCGCUGCACAGGCAUCCGAUGUUAAGGCCCCGGAUACCUACGGCGACCAGUACGAGGACUUCCCUGAAGACGAGGCUGACCAGCCACUCUCUGCUUCGCGUGUGCUCCAAAUAGCUAGCGACUGUAAAGACUUCGGCAACAAGGCUUUCAAGGCUGGCGAUGUGCUCGGCGGCCUCGAAAAGUACCAGAAGGGUCUGCGAUACCUAAAUGAGGAGCCGGAGAUUAAAGACGACGAGAAGGAUCUGCGGCAGAAGCUCGAUUCUCUACGCUUUACGCUCAACUGCAACUCAGCGUUGCUUAACCUUAAGCUCGAGGCCUGGGAUGACGCCCAGCGCACCGCUGCGGCCGCCCUCGCUGUCCCCGGCAUCUCCGACGCAGAGCGUGCCAAGGCGCUAUACCGCCAAGGUCUCGCGCUCGUCAAGUUAAGGGAUGAGGAUGCAGCCCUCGCAGCUUUAGAGCAGGCCAAGAAACUGGUUCCUAACGAUGCUGCCAUCACUAAGGAACUCGAAGCGGUUAAGAAGCAGGCUGCAGCUCGCCUGGCCAAGGAGAAGGCUGCGUACAAGAAGUUCUUCUCGUGAUCAUGCUAGCUGUUCUUCAAGAUAGUGAGAAGCAAUGAAGAGAGUCGUUCGCGAAGGCCAGAGUAGGGUAGACGCCGAAAAAAGAGGAGAUAGGGAGAGAAGAUCUGGUUGAUGCACUUUAACAAUUAAGUCAUCGAUAAUAGUUCUCAACCUAACGCGGGACAGAGGGCUAAGAGUGAGCAAAGGGGAAAAAAGCCAAAACUAUAUUUAAUUAGGUACCUAGUUAAAGGUAUAAAGGAGAAGGGGGGUUUGGUCAGGUGUCAGGUUGGACAUUGAUCUCUUCCCACCCUUUGGAGUCUGCAUGUUCAUAGACAAAGAAACACGGCUGUUAGUCACUACCUAUCUUAUGUAUUUGGCGGGAGCAAUGCAUAAGGUAGGGUUAGAUUCUAGGGAGUGUAGGGUAUUCAUGAACUAGGAACCUGAAUGAAUAAUAAAAUCCAUGAUAUCAUAUUUCAAAUA